GAGACUCCUGGACCUGUGGGUGACGUCAUGUUUCGGUCACCAGGUGGCGUUCACGUCCAGGUGACACAAUGGCUUCCCAUGAGAAGUUUGAAGUGAGUGUUCACACCUCACCUGGUCCCACCAGUGGAACCUUCAGUCACCUGUGGCUCAGCCUGAUUGGCUCACAGGGUGAGACUCCGCCCACCAGAGUGAACGAGGGCGAGCGUCAUCUCCUGCCGGGUUCUACUUGUCCAGUUCUGGUCCAGACCAACAGUUCUCUUGGUCGCCUUGUUUUGGUCCGGCUCCGGCUCGAGGUCCAGACUGGAUUCCCAAACCUGGACUGGCACUGCAGCCAUGUGGAGGUCCGACGGCAGCAUGAGAGACCGGGGUCACGACCUGAGGAUGCAGAGACGCAGGUGUUCCACUGUGACAGGUGGCUUCAAACAGAAGAUGGCGACGUGGAGCUGCGGAGUGGAAAGUUGUGUCUGCUGAUGGACGAGACUGAGGACAAGCUGAAGCAGCAGAGACACGAGCAGCUGAAGCAACGACAGAAACUCAUCAGAUGGUGUGUGUUUGUGGACGGAGCUCCACACUGUGUGGACAUGAAUACUCUGUCAGAAUUGGGACCGAACCUCAGCUUCUCUAGGACCAGUCAACACCUGAACGUCCACUACCUGAAAGGCUUCACUGGACGAGUCCAGGCCUGGACCAGCUUUUCCGAGCUCGAGGCCAUGUUCGUUCACAGUGGACACAACAAUGACAUCGCCAAAAAGGUCAGGGGUCACUGGAAGGACGACUGGUAUUUUGGACAACAGUGUGUCAACGGCUCUAACCCUCUGCUGCUGCGUCAGAUCCGCCUCCUCCCUCCUCAACUGUCUGUCACUCCUGAUAUGCUCCGCCCCUUCCUCCCUGAAGGCUCCUCCCUGGAGCGGGAGCUGCAGACAGGACACAUUUAUCUGCUGGACUACGAGGUUUUGGACGGCGUCCCUGCCAAUGUCGUCAAUGGGAGACAGACAUUUGUGUCCGCCCCACUCUGCCUGCUGCACCUGAACCAGCAGCAGCAGCUCAUCCCCAUUGCCAUCCAGUUGCAGCAGACUCCUGGUCCUGAGACGCCGGUCUUCCUGCCCUCUGACCCCGGCUGUGAUUGGCUGUUGGCUAAGAUUUGGGUUCGCAGUGCAGACUUCCAGUAUCACCAGUUGGUUUCACACUACCUGAGAACCCACAUGAUGGCAGAACUGUUCUGUGUGGCAACACUGAGGCAGCUGCCCGACGUCCACCCGCUGCACCAGCUGCUGAUGCCGCACGUCAGGCCGUCGCUUCAGAUUAAUUUCCAGGCCAGAACUUUGCUGCUCGCUGCUGACGGCUUGUUCGAUAAGAUGGUGGGUUGUGGUCUCAAGGCGAUACCUGUGGUCUUGUCCCGGGCUUCAAAGGGGAUCCGUUACCGCUCCCUGUGCGUCCCCGAGGACUUGUCCGACCGCGGCGUGGACAAGCUGCCGCAGAGCUACUACGCUCAGGACGCACUCAGAGUCUGGCGCGCACUGCACAGGUUCGUGGUCAGCUGGGUGGAUCUGUAUUAUCGCGCAGACAGUGACGCGCAGAGAGACCGUGAGCUUCAACACUGGCUCGAUGACAUCAACACUCACGGCUUCACGCGCGGCGCAGGUUUCCCUCGGGUUUUCAACAGCAAAGCUGAAGUUUCCACGUAUGUCACCAUGAUCAUCUACACGUGUUCAGCUCAGCACGCCGCCGUCAACUUCUCCCAGCUGGACUUUGCUCUCUGGACGCCAAACUGUCCCCCCGCCAUGAUGCGUCCUCCUCCACGGGUGAAAGGCGCGGUGACGGAGGAAGACAUCGUGUCCUUUCUGCCAUACGUUAACGCGUCUUGUCGCGUUCUCCUGGUGCUGACUCAGCUGUCGCAGCUGGCUGCCGACUUUGUUCCUCUGUGUCACUACAAGGAGGCCGUCUUCAGGGACGACGCCCACCGCAGGCUGCUGGAGGAAGUGCAGGCUGAACUGGAGACGAUUUCUGAGGACAUUUCUGAGAGGAACAGUCACCUGGAGCUGCCGUACCCGUACCUGUGUCCCCGCCUCAUCGACAACAGCGUCAACAUCUGAAUUAACUUCAGAAAAUCAGCAAAUACACCCAAAUGUUUUUUACCCUGAGAAAAUCACUAACCAGAGCUGGUGAAACCACAUUAAACCAGAUGCAGUGAAACCACAUUGAACCGGACUUGGUCAAACCAGAUUAAACCACAAGUAAAUCAUACAUGGUUAUACCAGCAAAUGCUGAACCAGAAAUGUUCAAACCUGAAAUCAUGAGUCCAGACUAAACCAGAUGUGUUCAAACUGGACAGGGUUACAUUGAACUAAAACAGAUUAAAGCAGAAAAAAUUGCUUCUUGCUCAAACGAGACCAGGGAUCGUCGACAAACAACAACAACACACGUGGUGUUAGCGUAAGUGAACACUGUUUAUUUGUGGUUGUGUAGUUUGAUGUAAACAGAAACUCCAACGGCCGUGAUCACACGUGAUUUAAUACUGAUUUAAACAACGUGAUUCUCCUGCAAUAAACUGCAAUUUAUUCAAU